AUGCACUACGAGUACAACUUGAGAGCUGUUGGCGUCGAUGCAACUCAUUUCCCGUACCUCUCUUACGGAAAUUGUAUGGGACUGGAUUGCGCACAUCCAGGAGCCGAGAUAGAAAAUGGAAGCGCAGACAUUACUCUUAGGACCAUCAAUCAGGAAGACCCGCGACAAGAGCAGGUGGAUUUCACGGUGCCUAUCGGUAUUCUUUAUCAUGGAUACUUUAUCAAAGAAAGCACUCAGAUGGUAGUUGGUGAUUAUCUCGGUGAUGCAUUUCCUAAUGCCGUAUUGCUCUUGAUGGUCAUAGCUGGUUUCUGUGUAAGCUGCUUCCUUCGUCUCGCUACAAAACUGCUCACAAAAGAUUCUUCUUCAGUAUUUAACUUUGUAUUCUUUGCUUUUGCUGGUUUUUUCAAAAACUCGAAUCUGAAUCCAGAGCCAGUUUCUUCACGAAUACUUGUCAUAGUAUGGUUGCUGUUUAGUUUCAUAUUGACGGAAUAUUUUGGGGCGAAACUCCGUAGUAUUCUUUUGCUGACGCAUUAUCGUGGAGCACUUUUUGAUGAUUUAGAUAAAGCAAUGGACGCUAUGGAGUAUCAAGGAUGGAAAAUGGUAAUCAAUGAUCCAUUGACACUCGAUCACUGUAGCGGUGAUCAGUGUACUAGACUUCACGAACUUAAGAAAAGAUCGCUCAUAUUGGAGUACAGCAGGAAGAUACCGCUGGACAAAGCAGCCGAAAUAGAUCACCAUUUUGGAUGGGGUGCGCUGCAAAACGAUAUAGCUCCAUACAAAAGGACGCUGCUCAACGAUGCCAAAAAUAUACUUUUUGUGAGAGAUGAGAUCAUAACUCCCUUACAUCGGUCGUACGCUGUGCGCAAAAAUAUGUCAGUAAUGCUGGAGAAACUAAACCGGGCAAUUGCACGCGCUCAUCACGGAUUUGCCACGAUACGUAAACGUUACCAAGAACCAUACCGCGAAUAUGUCAACGAGCAGUUUCAAAAAAAUGCCAGCGUACUCAACCUUGGUCAUGUCAGCCAUCUUCUGCUUUGGGCAACAAAUCUGCUUCUACUCUCAGUCAUUUGCUUCUUUGGAGAGCUCCUCUACUCUCGCUACAGCCCACGCUUCUUAUCUUGGAUCAGAAGAACGGAGCGUCUUGAGUUCCAUGUGAUCGAAGAAACGCAAAAUAACAUUGAACUCACGCGAGUAUCGCGUUUGAAAGAAUGA